AGCAGACGUAAUCAAACAGCUUGGCCAAUCUCGGUGGUACCGUUUCCCCCUUCCCCUUCGCAGGUUAAUUGUCGGCAUUAGGACUAUCCCCGAAUCCCUUUCGAUUCCUGUCAGAAGCAUGUGACUCUUGAGUCAAAAGUCUAACACAGUCAUAUGCUCAUUGCUCAGUGAUCCAGCGCAAGAUCAGACUAUCCUCAGCGCGGAAGUAACAAGAGCUCGGCAACUGUUGCUAGACUAAACCAGGCAACGAACUCAAGUUCCGAACAAACGCCCGGAGAAACCAGGACAGCAAAAUGGAUUGUGGAAUCAUAACGUCGAAGUCUAUUCUCUUGCUCCUGAGUUUAAUUUUUUGGGCUGCAGGGUGCGCCCUUGCCUACGUGGGCUCCUAUGUCCUGAAGAGCUACAACAACUUCGACAACUUCUUUGAAGACAAGUACACCCUCAUCCCCGCCGCCAUCAUCAUCGGCGUCGCCGUGGUGAUGUUCAUCAUCGGGAUUGUGGGGUGCUGUGCCACCCUGAGGGAGUCCAAACUUGGCCUGGGAUUUUUUUUCAUUAUCCUCCUGGUGAUCCUGGCGGCAGAGGUAACUGCCUUUGUGUUUGGAUUCAUCUACAGAGGCAAGAUAAAGGGUGACCUGGAGAAGACGAUGACCGACGUGUUCCAGAAGUACGACGGCCAGAACUCUGAAACUCGGGCAGUGGACUAUCUGCAGACGCAGCUGCAGUGCUGCGGGGUGCAGAACUACACCGACUGGGCCAGGACCACCUGGUACAGCUCUCACAACAACACGGUCCCCACGUCCUGCUGCAGGGCCAACAGCACGGGCUGCACCGGCCGCCCGGACCAGCCGGACCUGCUCUAUACUCAGGGCUGUGAGGCCAAGUUGGACCAGCUCCUGCAGGAUGUCCUGAGCUAUGCGAUGCUGGUCAUUCUGGCAUUCGCCAUCAUCAAGUUUUUCGGGAUUCUCAGCGUGUGCGUGAUCACCUGCAGAAGGAACCGGAACGAUUACCAGCCGCUCUACGCCUAGUCCCGGCGGAACUCCGAUGGGACGUCCCAGACGGGUCCCUCGCCUGGCUCCACCGCGAAGCCGACCUCCAUUUCCUGUACGGAGCCCGGGUCAUGUGACCUCUGAUGACCGUAGUUUAAUACCGUGUACAUCUGUAUAGUCUGAUUUAUGUCUGUACCUCCAGAGGUUUUCUCUCUCUCUUGUGUUUUUAACCCUCAGAAAACCGCUUUGUUUUUGCUGCCUACUCCAGUGUUGGAAUGUUUCUGUUGAACGACUACUAACUUUACUUUUUUUUUUUUUUUUUUUUGGUUUUUAAAAAAAUAAAACAUGUUUCGUACCCAGAUAGAAUAAACGUGGGGAUUAGGAAGUGUGUUGGGUUCGAGCAGGUUUUCUUAGGCAUGAUUGCUUCAGGAAUAAAUGAUGCGAGAGUGGAACAUUCGUCUGUAAAAAAAAGAAGAAAAAAGAAAAGAAAAACAAAAACUAGCUCUGGCAAUCUCAGCCUGAGUGAAUACUGAUCUAGGAUCAGGUUAAUGAGGCCCUCUCCUGUUCAUCCUCCUGUGAGAAGAGCACAUUUGCCUGACCUCGUGGCAGGAAGCAGAACUUAUGCAAAGCUGUCUACACAAAUCUAUUCAAAGCUGCCUCAGCCCCCUGGCCACGCAGCUGCAUGCUCUGGCUUGUGUAAGUGCACAACCAAGGGAGAUUUUAUAUACAUUCAUGAGGUGAAUUAGGAAGAGGAAAGCACGCUGCUGAUUGGUUCAUUUAAAUAUGGGGGUGGGGGUUAUUUCCCCUCCCACACUUUCUCACCAUGGGCCUGUAAUGUCAAGGUCAAACUAAAAUAGUUUCACCUUUUACUCGUUGUUAGUCACGUGCCUGUUAAAAUGAUUUGGUUGCGCAGUUUUUUUUUACCGUUGUGAAAUUUCAAUUAAAACAAAAUUUACCUGAAUGCUGGCCUGAGUGAACACUUCUGUAAAGAAUGAAUCAUAAACCAUUAAUGAUGAAUUUAUGAUAGUUUCGCUCCGGGAAUAUAAGGAUUUCUUUUUUAAUGUUUCAAUCUGGGAUCUUGAGCUAAAAUCCUGGAGGGCUGCUGUGUCUGCUGGUUUUUUAUGUCUUUAUGUUUAAGUGUUUAACUGUCAUUGAUUGGCUAAAGAGUCUGCACACCUCGUUUCCAAGCUAUAAACGGCUGCUGAUUUAAAGGAAAUCACAAAAAACAAGCAGAGACUGCGGCCCCCCAGGACCAGAGUUUGAGACGUAUAUGGACUGUUUACGUGUCAUUUAUGGAAUGCAAUUAUGGCAAAAAUUCUCAGAAACAUGUAAUAUACAGGGGUAUUUAAAAAAGGAAAAUGCCGAUAUUUGAGAGAGCGUAUAUUGCGUCAAGAAAGUGUCUUUCCAUAGAAGAUAUUUGAGGAGUCAACGUGCGGUUUCUGAGAAAUCGUGUGGGGCGUUGGCCUGUGUUAUCUCUCUCUCCCUCUCUGGGACCCCUUUAAAAAAGAUAACCUCUGACUGUUGAAGUAAAUGAUCAUGUUAAAACUACCUAGCAAUUUCAGUAGUAAUUAAAUGGACAUAAAUAAGAGACUAUUCAUGUCACAAGUGAAUUGACCCUUUUUUUUGUCUUUUUUUUUUUUUUAUUCUUUCAUUUUUAGCGUUUUAGCAUUUUAGCUCUUCAGGAUCACCAUUAUAACCCAUCCAAAUGUCAGGUUAUUUUACAAGAAAAAUAUAUAUAUGUGAGUUUAUCAAAUUCCAUUCGUGUUACACUGAAUACAUGUGAUGCCGUUUUCAUAUGAUUCCAUAUACUUGGUGUUCAUUCAAGCAUGACUGUGUUUAUGUGCUGUCUGGGUGAAUAUUUCCUGAACACCUGUGAAAUUAGCACAGGUAACUGAACUGCUACAGAAAUAAUACGCACCGUUAACCACUUUGAUUACUUCUAAUUGACUAAACCUCCAUUUCAUCAGUUUAUUAUUAUUAUUAUUAUUAUUUUUAGUAAAAGGUCAAAAACCAAAACCACCUCAACGAUAAAAACUGAUGUUUUGUGGUGGUUCUGCUGGUUUGACGACACAAAUGUGUAAUACUUUUCAGCUACCGAGACAAGUUUUAGUAUCUUUUGAAAUUGUUUCAGAAAAUUAUUUUGCAUUACUGAAGAUUUAAAUAAUAAAAUUCUCUGUAGUCAUUGCUGAUUUCCCUUCACAAUGUUUUUCUCACGUGCAAGUUACCUAGCACCAUAUCAAUGUAGUCAUCCUUUGCUAAGGAGCCUAUUCCCUUCGAUUGAUUUUGCCAUUCUUUGUAUAACCUCACUGAUUCCAAUUUUUAUAAUCAACAUUAGGGUUGAAACAUAGUAACUUAUUUUUGGUUUUUACUUAUAUGAUUUAAUCAUGUAAAUUUAGGGCUUUUGAUGGAGUUAAAGAAAGUUGAGAUCAAAGAAAAAUAGUAUUCUUGCGACAUCGUACCGCUCCUCAAAUGCCUUGUAAAUUGCUUGUAUUAAUGCACAUUUGAAAGAAAUAAACAGUGAAGAAGGUCA